AUGAAUCCUUUGAAUAAAGAAACCUUUGUUGCCGACGGGAUCCAAUACUAUCGUGUUAAACAGCCUCUUCCUACACCACCACCGAAUGGCUACAAAGACAUGGCCGAGGCAGUCGGGAAGAUGCAAGAGUAUGCAUUGUCCAACAACUUUGCACUUGCAACCAAGGAUCGCAAGCCAACCCGGGUCUAUCUAAAGUGCUCCAAGGGAGGCCGUUACAGGAGUACACGCAAGAUCCAAGAAUGCGAUCGAAAAAAGAUCUCUCCUAGCAGACUUACCGGAUGUCCUUACCUACUAAAACUAUCCUACAAAAAGUCUAUCCAAGGAUACAUGCCCCUAAAACCGACCCGUGAAAUCGAAGGCUACCACAACCAUCCUCUAGAUGAAAAGUGCCUCGAAUCAACCCUAAAAGGAAGACUGUCAAAGAUCAGUAUAGACGACGUCAAGGAAAUCGCCAAGCUCAUAGACAACAAUGCCAAGACGCGGGAUAUCCAGAGGGCAAUCAACGAUGAUUCGCACGCCGGUCACAAGUUGUAUGUCAGUGACAUCAACAACAUCAAGGCUGCCUUUGCUCGGAUUUCGGCGCCUACCCAAGAUGCAGGCACCAAACUUGUAAAGGUCAUGGAGUCAAAAGGUUAUCGAGUCAUCAAUAAUGUCAAUCAAAAUUGA